CACAGUUUGCUACACUUCAUUCACCCCUCCCUCGUCUCAGCCUCUAAUAAUCACAUGGGAAGGAAGAGGAGGAGAACAUCAACCCGGAGCUAUAUGCACCUGCCUGGCUACCAGAAGCAGCUUUCCGUUUUCCACAUGGAGUGAUCUGAUCUCCGGCUGCAGGUGGCGCUGUGCUGACAGAAACUAAAUGCCCAUGAUGAUGCAGCUGAGGACUCUGUGUGGUUUGCUCCUGGUUGGCACUAUCGCGGUCCUCUGCAAAGAAAACAAAGGACAUGUAUCUGUUGUCCUCCUUGGGGCUACCGGGGAUUUGGCUAAAAAGUACCUAUGGCAGGGUCUAUUCCAGCUCUAUCUGAAUGAGGUAAAUAGAGGCCACAGCUUUAGCUUUCAUGGAGCUGCUUUGACACCCCCAGAACAAGCAGAGAUUGUUAUGUUUAAUGCGUUGAAGUCUCUAAGCUGUCCUGGAGAUGUUACCCCAGACAGGUGCGCCCUUGUGAAAGACCAGUUUCUGAAGCUAACCCGCUACAGACAACUUAAGACAGCACAGAACUAUACAGCACUGCACCAGGAUAUACUAAGCUCAUUAGCUGAAGAGAGCCUCCACGAGGCUGGCAGGCUCUUCUAUUUGUCAGUGCCACCGUUCGCCUAUGCUGAUAUUGCUCGAAACAUCAAUGCCAGCUGCCGGCCGCCUCCAGGCGCAUGGCUACGAGUGGUUCUGGAGAAACCGUUCGGUCAUGACUAUGAGUCUGCCAAGCAGCUGGCCGGUGAACUGCAAACGUUCUUCCAAGAAGAAGAGAUCUACCGGGUGGAUCAUUACCUAGGGAAGCAGACCGUUGAACAGAUUCUGCCUUUCCGACGUCGCAACCAAAAGCACCUAGGACCAAUUUGGAACAGACAGCAUGUGGACCGAGUAGAGAUUGUCAUGAAAGAAAUGGUUGAUGCUAAAGGGCGCACCAGCUUUUAUGAAGAAUAUGGCGUUAUACGUGAUGUCAUCCAGAAUCACUUGACCGAAAUCUUGACUGCUGUGGCAAUGGAGGUGCCUCACAAUUUCUCCAACUCAGAUGAUGUCCUAAGAGCAAAGCUUGAGUUACUGGAUUCUCUUCGUGACCCAGAACAUAGCAGUGCUGUCAUUGGUCAGUACCAGAACUACCUGCCGCAGGUGAGAGAGGAGUUGGAGAAGCACCCAAACUACUUCACCAACACACAGACCUUUGCAAGUGUCCUUGUUUAUAUUGAUAAUGUACGGUGGGAAGGUGUGCCCUUCCUCCUGGUAUCUGGUAAAGCUUUAGAUGAGAGGACUUCGUAUGCCAGAGUUGUUUUUAAGGACAAUGUGUUUUGUCUCCAAAAAGAACAAAACGAAGACACUGGGACAAAUCCUUGUAAACCCAGACAGAUUAUCUUCCAUAUUGGACAUGGAGCACUGGGCUUCCCAGCUGUUCUAGUGUCCCGGAGUCUGUUCAGGCCAAGCCUUAUAUCUAGCCAGUGGCAAGCGGGAUCGGAGAUCCCAGCCCCCUCUCUCUUUGGACAGCCUCUAGCUGAUUAUUAUGUGUACCGUCCAAUUGAAGAAAGAGAUGCCUAUUCUAUACUAAUAUCAAACAUCUAUCGUGGAAAGAAGGAAUCCUUCAUCACAACAAAAAACCUGCUAGCUUCAUGGAAGUUCUGGACUCGGCUUCUGGAGAGUAUAGAUGGAGAGUCACCUAGGGUCUACCCGGGAGGUUCAGAGACUGGCCAUUUGCUAGACUUUGCAAUAGAACAUGGUGGCUUACAUUUUGUUACAGAUGAGCAUUUAGAAAUUAUGGGUAUGAAGGAUAAAUCAAAUACCUUUGCUUCUGCUCAAUCUAACUUCCUUGGCAACACAAUGGUGUCUAACUGGGCUGAGCAGCUAAUACAGAAGUUAGCACAAGAUAUACAGACUGAAGCCGAUGCCGCUGUGAAGCGUUCGGGUGUUUUCCACCUGGCCCUCUCAGGUGGCUCCAGCCCUAUUGCCUUGUUUGAAAGGUUGUCUGUGCACCACUAUGGCUUUCCCUGGAAACACACUCACUUGUGGAUGGUUGAUGAGCGAUGUGUGCCAUUCACAGACCCAGAUUCUAACUUUGGGAGCCUUGAAAGACAUCUUCUACGUCGUGUGAGAAUCCCCUAUGUAAAUAUCCACCCCAUGCCCGUAUACAGAAACCAGAGGCUCUGUGCUGCAGAAGAUAUGGGCUCUGAGACCUAUGCUCAAGAGAUAUCUGCUCUUGUAAGCAAUUCAAGUUUUGAUCUAGUGCUUUUGGGCUUAGGUAAUGAUGGCCACACUGCCUCCAUCUUCCCUGGUUCCAAGGAUUUAAUCUCAGGAGAUAAACUGGUUCUGUUAUCAGAAAGUCCAUUAAAGCCUACACAUAGGAUGAGCCUUAGCCUCCCGCUCAUUAACAAGGCCCGUAAAGUUGCUGUUCUAAUAUUGGGUAAAGGGAAGAAUGAUAUUCUAACAUUAAUCAGCAGAGCGGAAAGUAAUCCUAAUAAAUGGCCUAUCUUUGGUGUAAACCCCACAUUUGGGGACUUGGUCUGGUACGUUGAUUACGAUGCACUGUUUAGGUAAAAGGACUUUGUGCUCUGUCAUGAAUGUGCCUCCCCACCACAUAUUAAUAAAAGGACACAAUGGUACAUACAAAGUAAUCCACAGGUGACUUAAUUAGUAACUUCUUUUAUAUUAAAUCAACAUUUUAUACUGUUUUGACAAAUCCUACAUUUUUGUACAACACAAAAAAACUAAGUGACUAAGCUAGCCUGAUAUUAAACUAGAAAAAACAUACAGAUUUUGCUAAUACUUUUUAUUCAUCUAGAAGUCCAAGGGGCCGAUGAAAUGCGAUGUGCAAUGUCCCAGCUAUGCACAUAUUACCCGCUUAUGAUAAUGCCGGCAUUGCAAGAUUUCCUUUGCAUCUCUAUGUGGCGCAAGGAAAAACUUGAGAUGCUGAUGGAUGCAACAAACUGUUCUGGGACGGCCAAUCGCUUCGAUUGUGCAGAAUUGUAUUCCUCCCUAUGUAUCUUAUUUCUAGUUAUAAAAUUAGUGGUCAUGCAAGUGGCGGGAAGGCGACAAUGCUGGUUCUUAAAUUUGGAUAUACCGAUUGGGUGAGCAGAAGAGCUGUGUCAUGCCUUCACUAAAAUACACCUACACCAUGUCCUUGUACACUCAGGUUAUAUCUUGUGGGGUGCUUAUAUUCUUCUUUUAUGGGAGUACUUUUUAUAUCCACAGAAAUACAAAGGACUACUGUCCUCUGGUUUCUGAUAAAAUUUCAAUUAGCAAUGGGAUCAACCACUUCUACUUUAUUAUAGAGAAUUGAUAUUGUUCAUCUAAUAGUCACCAGCUAGUUAAUGGCGUUUGUUGUAAUAUGUUUUUUACCUGUAUCAAAAUAAGAAAUAUAUAUUUUGUUAACGUGCAUAUUUUAGCUAAACAAAUAGGGGAUUAUUCAAUACUGUGAAAUGUUGUUUCAUCUUAAUAUCAAUGUGACAGGAGUAUUUUUUUUUUUUUUUUUUUUUUUUUUUUUUUUUCAUUUUUCUUUUUUUCUUUUGGAGAAUUAAAUGAUAUUUGAACCUAUUGUUGAUCAUUUAAAAAUUGUUUUCUUACAUGCAGAUGUUGCUUCCCAACUAGUAAGAAACUCCUAGUUUGCCUGCUUAUGCAAAGUGAUAAUUGGCAGAUCGUUUACAAAACAUUACUUUAAUAUUUCAAACUUUUUUUUGUUAUAAUGCCUUCAUUCCUCUCUUCUAUAUUGGAACAUUUUAAAUAAUUGACUUGGUGUUUGAAAUCCUCAUUAAAGAGACACCAAGCAUAAUUAUAAGUUGAUUUAAUAUGAAAAAGGGGCUUUAAAACAAAACAAAAAAUUACUGAUCUUGCUUACAGCCCUAACAUAUAAGCCCUACAGCUAUUGCCUGAAGCCAUUUUAGACUUUGAAAAGUUUAUUUUCCAACACAGUCCUAGUCUCCAACAAAUGUAGCUUAAAUAUGUCUUGUAUCUGUUUUCAAACUUUGUGCUGCUUGGAACGUUGUUAUAUAAAAAUGUAAAAGUAUUUGAGUAUAGGCUUUGUGAAUACAAGAUAACUACUGACCUAAUUAAACCACCAGGGGGUGCUCAAUCGACAUGUAAAUAUUACAAUGGUACGGUACUGGGUACAGGAUGUAUCACACCUGUUUUUGCUUCACUGUUGGUUAUAAAGCAAUAUAAUUUUAGUUCUGGGUGAAGUUUUUUUUAUUUUACUGUUCCUCUGUAUUCCGGGUUAACGUAAAGGAAUUACUGAAAAUGUCUAUUUCUGGUACUUGAGGGGAUUGAAAACUGUUAUUUAGACACUAUGGCAGGCAUUUCCAACCUCGGUCCUCAGCACACACUAACAGUGCAGGUAUCAGUGAUAUCCAGGCUUCAGCACAGAUGGUUAAAUCAAAAUAACUGAGGUACUAAUCAAGCCAACUGUGCUCAAGCAUGGCUAUCACUGUUAGUGUUCCUGGAGGACCAAGGUUGGAAAAGCCUGCACUAUGGGGCAAAUGUAAUAGAGUGCGAGUUGCGGAGGUGCAGGACUUCGGGCGUGAAUGCCCUUAUUAUUAAAGCAGAAAUAAUUGACAGGCAUAAGUAACCUGGUUGCUUCCGCACCUCCGGCAACUCCAUGGGUUAAAUUUACUUGUCUUCGGUGGUGUCUGGGUUUAAAGGGUCAAUCAUAAUAUAACAAAUAAAAAAUGUACCCUUAUGUUAUUCAAAACCAAUAUGGAGCUGUUUAUUUCUUUUACAUAUUCUGGCCAAACUCUUGAGCUAUUGAAUAACAUAGUUUCUCAUUUACAAAUAUUCCUCAAAGGUCUAAUUGACUCUAUUUAAUUCUCUAAUCUGGUAAAUCCCCCAGAUGUAAUGUUGGUAAAAUCAUUGUUUCCUGUUGUCCUUGCAUUUGUUUUCUCCUGCAUUAAAGUUUAACAUUUCAGUGUUCAA